AUGGCAACCUUACGGACAAACCGUAAGGUCAGUGCCAUCCGCUCCUUCGAAGAUACAGUAAAUGUCCGACAACAAAAAGAAGAGACCUCGGACUUAGAUUUCUUGGCGCGGACGGAAAAUUACUCGGGCGCCAUCAACCAGAUUACGAAUUUCGCCCUGAAGGUGACUCGUCGGCAUAGCGAUGGAAAACACAAGCCGACUGAAUCUGAAGUGAAUUUUGAGAUACUCAAAAAUGCUACAUCUAUCUCUAGUUUGGAUUUACCACUAGGCUUAGAUGAAACUGUUGCUCAGAACGCUCGAUUAGACUACACCGAUUCAGAACACUGUGAUAGUGGUUAUUGUGAUGGAACGCCGUCGACGAGUAGAACUCGAACUUACGACGGUCAGAGAUCGUCUGUAACUACACCUCCAUCGACCUCAAACGAACAUAGAGUCCCUGGACGUGGUCAACCACGGCUUGGGGCGAGUUUAAAAACUCCGAAAUUUGGUACACCCACCAGAGACAAUAAAUAUGGCUCUGAUGAUACAGGGUAUUGCAAGGAUAAUGACGACGACAUCAAGUCAAUAAGCCUGUCGCCUCCAGGAACACCGAGGGUUUCCCUGCAUCCAUAUGUCUACACAAGACACUACGACGCAUUUGAGAGGUUCAAACAUGCAAAAGAAAAAUUCCGACACUCCGUCAGGCUGAUACUUAUUCUGCUGCGAUGGGUUGCCGAAAUAACGAAGAACAGUGCCAAGCACAACCGCUUCAUGGACCAACUGGCCACCUUCUCGGAGAUGGCGCAAGAGGCAUACAACACGGAGGAGUUGAGAAACUCUGAACUCGCAUUUGACGUCAGUUACUUCAAGGCGAAUAAAGAUAUCAACUUAUCCGCUGAGGUCAAGGAAAUCCUGAGCAUGCCCCCAGCUGCCCGCACCAAAGACCAGUUACAGACAGUACUGUUUGGGCUUCAGCACUUAAGGUCAUUUGCGGAAUAUCCUUUACACAUGCAAGAAAAACUGUGCCGAGUGGCUUGGUAUGAAAGGGUACCGGCAAGGCGAGUCAUCAUUCGACAAGGCCACACUGCGGAAAAUUUCUACUUUAUUUUAUCGGGCAAAGCGAUCGUGAAGCGAGCGGAGACGAACCCUGUCACGGGGGAAGCGAUCAUCAGGACAGCAGCCGUCAUGACCAAAGGCAUGAGUUUUGGGGAGCUGGCUCUCCUUCAUCAUUCCCGACGGACGGCGACCGUGGUAAGCCAUGACACCACACAACUCCUCACUAUUGCUCGACGAGACUUCAUGGAUAUAUUCAUGGGCGGCACAGCAGCUGGACAUAUUCCCGAUCAUAUCAAAUUUGUAAAUUCAUUGGAGUUCAUGAAAGAUUGGCCGAUAGAAAACCUUUUGGAACAUCCAGAAUAUUGCCUCUUCCACUUCUUCAAACGCGGUGUUGUGAUAGUGCGGGACAGCCGCCAGUCUGAUUGGUUGUACAUCGUCAAGUCCGGCGCUUGCCAAGUCAUGAAGGAGCUAAAGGCUGCAACGCCCUCAUCACCUGUCUGUAAAAAGACGAAAAAGAUUGAUCUUUCUCUCGAACUGCCAAGACUAGGGACAGGAGAGCAAUCACCGAGAAUCGACGAUGGACGCAAACGAGGUGUGUUAAAUUCAAUGCCACACGACAUUAAAAUCGCCAUGUCAGAAUAUGCAUCAAAUAUUCGGAAGAGCCAGGAGAAAGAUCGAGACGAUGAAAACACCCCGAAUAGUCUGAAGGGAAUCUCCAAUAUUCUACCUCGAAUAUCCAACGAGGAUCCACAGACAUUAGAAGGCUCAAGAAAGACUGAAACCCGUGUCUUUAGCAUAAAGGUCGAGGGUCUGGUUGGUGAGGCGGGGUCCGGUCGGCCAGGUUUUUCAAGGAGCAAAUUUAACUGUGCGCAGAGCAAGCGACCUGGAAGCUAUACCAAAGCCAACUCAUCAAGCCCAGACAUCAGAUAUGAGACACCGGAGAUUGAGACCUCAAACACACGCUCACCCAUUAAUCUGAAAAUAGAAAAGGAAAACACGCCGAAUUCUGUAUUUGUUCAAGUGCAGCUAUUGAAGCCACGGGACUGUUUUGGUCUGACAUCAGUCCAGUUCGACGAUGAUGUGCCAGUGUCCGAGACGAGCGUCAGCCUUGUCAGCAAAGGCGCCGAGUGCAUCAUGCUCAGCAAACAGUUCUUCAUGCGGCAUGCCAACGAAAAGGUCCGCAUGGAACUCCGCCGCCAGAUCCGGCCAUACCCCACGGCAAAUACUUUCCAGGAGAACUUACAAAUCAAGGUGGAUUGGGAUAAUUACAGGCGGGAAUUGUUGAAAGAUAUAACCACACAACAUGACGUUCAGGCAAUUGCUAGAAAGACGGCGAGGUGAUAGUGAGUUUUGUUCUAUAGUGCCAAUAGGUUAUAUGAAUAAAGACUAUAAAGGCUUUUACAGAAGAUUGACUGGUUUUUAGUUGUAUCACCCAAGUGACAGACAAAAAACACCCCGCCUCACUGGCAGCAUCAAGGAUUGUCAGGAUCAAGGCGAAGCAAGGCCGGGAUACUUGGGAUGGACUAAGGACAUUACCAUCCGAAUACCUUGUAUUUCAAGAUGGUUUCGAGUUGCUGCUAAAGGGAUUGCAGCAUGAUACAGGAAACAAUCUCUUUAUUCUACAUGCACCUCAGACAUCAUGUUAAUCGGGCUAAGAUCAGAUAUCGAAUGGUUAGAUAUGGCUCAUCCGUCCUUCUUGUACUUCAUCUAUGAGAAAUCCGUUGUGAUGCUGCGUAGCACACUCCGAUCCAGCUGCAACCGGAGUGUUAUCUAGGAGAACGUUGUUCGAUGUUUUUGUUAGCGCACAAGUAUAUCAUUACGACUGGUCUAGUCUUUUUUGGCGUAACAAUAGAGAGAUGAGCACGGUCUUCAGCCAUACGAAAUUAUUAAUGGUCAUCAAAUUUUGUGCUACCUCAUCGCCUCUGCGGGGUUUUGUACAUGCUUAUACAUGUAGUUACAUUAUGAUAUUGUGUGCUCUCUCAUGUUAUU